UGUGACGUGCUCCAAGGCUCCUAUCAGUGGCUGCAUUAGCCAACGCACCAGCCAAUCAGCAAGGACAGCACAGUGUUCAUCCAUUCUACCAACUUGUUUAUGUGGUUGCCGUCCGUGGGAAUGCUGUAUGCUUCGAUUGUCCAGAAUUAUGUCUUUAGUGGGUGAUCAUUUCAUUGCAGAUACUAUGAAACUCCAGUGUGAGGUGGAAGUCAUCAAUCGGAUGCUCCCGACCUUCGGUAUGCGGAACAGAGGCAAAGGAAACCGAGCUGUUCUCUCUAUCGGGAAACAUCAUGAUCGGAGCAUUAAAAACAACUCUCCGACCAUUCAUCUUUUGAUCUGUACCUUAAAAGACAAAGCAGGCUGUAAAUACAAGCUGAAAGGAAAUAUAGAGCAAUUUUUCACCAAAUUCGUGGAAGAAGGAAAAGCAACCAUCAGGCUGAAAGAACCUGCUGUGGAUGUUUGUCUGAGUAAGGCAGAUGUCAAUAAUUUAAAGAACUUCCUCUCCACGUUAAGGCUGGCUCACCGAGGAAGUGAAAUAGACACUAUACCAUUGUCCAAUCUGGCUCCAGUUAAGACUGCAGAAGUUGAAAAGCCAAAAGCCAAAAUGGUUAUCACAUCUAGGAAGGAUUAUCCUCUCACCACAAACUUCCCUUACUCUCUAGAGUUUCUACAGGUGUCCUACUGCAAACUAGCACGUGUGGAUAUGCGAAUGCUUUACCUUCGAAAACUGCGGAAGCUGGAUCUUAGCAAUAACCACAUACACAAACUUCCAGCUACCAUUGGGGAUCUUUCUUGUCUGUCUGAGCUUGUUUUGCACAAUAACCACUUGGAAACAUUCAGUAUUACAUUGUGUAGCUCCACAUUGCAGAAAUCUUUGCAGUUUUUGGAUUUGAGCCACAACAGAUUGCAUGCUUUGCCUAUUCAAUUCUGUCAACUGCGAGAACUUAUUCAUCUAAAACUUGAUGACAAUGAGUUACUCCGGCUUCCUUACAGGAUUGGGCAGCUGACUAAACUACGCUUCUUCUCAGCAGCACGUAACAAAUUGCCUUAUCUUCCAUGCGAUUUUCAGAAGCUGUGCCUUGAGAAUGUGGAUCUAUUUGGAAACCUUUUUGAACAACCUAGUCCUUUGGCUCCAUUGAUUCAGCUGCAGAUUCCAAUGACUCUACUAGAGAUAGCCGCUAGAGCAACAAUAAAUUACAGAAUUGCUUAUGGACCACACAUCCUUCCAGCCCAUUUAUGUCAAGAUCUGGAUUUGACUAAAACCUGCCUUUGCAGAAGACCUUGUUUGAACUCCUUUAUUCAAGUCGUUGUAAAUUUGAACUUGCAUCAAGUCUCCCAUACUGUGGUCCUUGUGGACAACAUGGGUGGCACUGAAGCCCCAAUUCUCUGUUACUUCUGUUCGUUAACCUGCUACUCCGAGUUCCUUGACAGAUAUCACCAACGCAACAGAUGAUCAAUGUAAAAUAUUGUAGCCAACUGGUAAAUUGCAGAAUUUCUACCAGACAUAUUAAUUUUGAAGAGAGAUGAGCAAAAACUUCAAGAAUCUACACAUCUAUUCAGCCAACACAUUCAGUGUUGGAGCAUACUCCUAUGGUGAAUGCAAUACAGCAAAAUGUAUAUUUUAGGAACACUACAAACAAUUUGAACUCCAACUCACACCAGUGACUGGGACAAUAUUUUUAAUGACUUUGUAUUAACUCUUGAGUUAAACUAAUGUUCACUAGUUUGGAUAAUAUAUUUUGUAAUUUUGGGAUACUUGCAUUGUCUGUUUCGAUAGAAAAUAACUUUAGUACUGUGCGUUUGCAAUAAUUUUAAGAAAUACAUUUGUAAGCUGUAUUUCUGUAUGGAUUAAGUUAUGUACAACCACAGUUAAUAUAAAGGAACGUAACAGUAUUUAGUGUAUAUAGACCAUUGACUAUAUUAUUUUCUUACAGCUGUGUUUAAGCUUGAAGUUUAAAGUUGUCUUUGUUAAGCUUGGGAUUAAUGGAUAAGGAAUUUGUUCCAAUGUACUUAGCAUUUUCAUUUAUAUUUAAUAAAAAUUACAUUAAUUCAAUGUGUCCACUAGUAUUCUAGCAGACAGACCAAUAUUAAGGCCAAUUAUAAUGUGACAAGUUCUUAGCAAUUUUAGUUCCUUUUGCAGUUUUGCAUUUCAUAUUUGUUUUAUUGUAAAUAAUUUUCUAUAAAGGGAAAAUGUGUCGAAUCAUCCAACUUAGAUCUAUUAAAAGUUUACUCCUUGAAGGUUGGAGAUCUACUUUUAAGAAUUCAGAGUUCUGGUCAGUCUGGUUUGACCAAUACUUGUGAGAAUAAUUUCACAUCACGUGACAUAAUUAGCAGUUCUAUAUAUUUGACAUAUUUUAUCAAGUCUGUCAACACUUCACAAUUCAUAGAUGUGAGCAAGUUACAUGUCUGGAACACAAUCUUUGGUCAGAAAAUCAUUUUUAAUAAAUUCCAUCUGCCAUAUAGGACUGAAAUCUAUGCUUUAGUGUUCAUUGUUCUGAGACUAGUGAUGACUUGUUUGUUAUAUUCACUUUCUUCAUUAAUCUCCUGUGGUGCUGCAGAGUCGAAUCCAAGCGUAAACACUUCGGUGAAAUGGAGUGGGCAGUUGGGGUGGAGAAAUGGGAGUGAAUGAAAUGACUGGACCAGGGUCUACAAAAUAAUCUUUUUUAGUAAGAGAUAUUGCACAGUUGCCUCACUGAAUGCUUAAUGAAUUAUUUUGAAUGUGUUAAAUAUUAUGUAGCGUUGACUCAGCUGACUGAUGUUCCUGUUUAAUUUUUGACUUAAUUUCUCUUUAAGAUUUAAUAAAUCCACUAAAAAUGCAAGCUAUUGGCUUAACUGUGGACAAACACCAGUCUGAGUGGGAGAUCACUGCAGAUAGGUGACUGCUAAUUUAAAGGAGAAUAUUUGGCAGCUAAGAUGGACAAAGUAGAAGCUCCUCACUGAUCAUUUAAAAUUCUUUUGUGACAGAGCCACAUUACUGAGCAGCUUGGUUAAAAGCAUUACUCAGUGGUCAAAAAUAACCUUAAAAGUGAGAAAAUUAUUUUAUUAAAAUAUGUGCUGGGAAAGCAUUUAGAAGUCAUGUAAUAUGUAAAACUAUUUUCUCAUCUGACAAUUUGUUACUUGAUGCAAACGUAAAAAGGGCAGUGCCUAACUUGUAAGUAGAGAGAGAUUGCUCAAUACCAGAAGCAAGUCCUAUUGGAGCUUUGUAUACCGAUAUUUCAGCAAUUUGUUAACAAAAAUAUGAUAGGGCACACUGGACAUGUUUUAACUUGCACAAUUGUGUUGAAUGUUAUUGCCCUGUCAGAAAACAUUUUGAAGAAUAAUCUUUACCACGGUGGUAACAGCAGCUGUUUCAGUCAUGCAAGAAGCUGAGGCUACUUCCUGGUGGCUCCCUCCUAUUGUUAUAAUAUCAUCUUAUCUGUUUUAAGCAGUUGUAGAAUUCUAAAACUCAUGCUCAUGUUACAGCAUUCUGUAGCUUUUAGUGCGUAAAGUUUUACCACCCUAAACUAAACAACUCCAAAGUUCUGUUGCCUAUAAUUCCUAUUCAUACCAAGCUCACUGAGCAUUGAUUGCUGAUCUGUUAAUCCUUCCAUUUCUGUUUUAAUAUUCCUUAUUUUCAAAUCCAUCCAUGGUGUCAUCACUCCCUGUCUCAUCCUCCUUUUGGCCCUACAACACUGAACUCAGCUUCUCCAAUUUUGGCCUAUUUGUGAUUUUAAUUUAUCCACCAUCCCCAAACAUUCCUACAGCUGUGCUAGUCCCAACUUUCACUGGUGUUCUCCUUUUCCUAAAUGGAACCAUGUCUUAAUAUUUUCAUGUGUUUUUAUUAAUGCUCCUGUGAUGUUUAGCGUCGGACGAUUUACUAUUGAAAAAUGUUCUAUUUAAACACAUUCGUUGUAUACAUUGUUGUCUCAAUGAAAACUCCUGCUGAAAAAUAAACCCAUACUGAAGAAUGCAGUAUAACUUUAAAA